AUGCAAGCCACUGCGGAGAAGGUUCAGGCAGGAGCCGUGGACAAGACGGAGAUUGUUGAGACUGGGGAGCCCGUCGGCCCAGAGAUGCAGCGCUGGGGCCGGCUCCCGGAAGGUGUUCUGAGAGCGCUGGCUUCCAGGAACGGUGCUCUGCUGGCGGUUUCCCAUGGGAACCCUCAGGAGGGAGCGCAAGCUGCGCAGAAGCUGGCCGCAAGCACGCGAGGUUAUGCCAGCGGCCCUGGCGGUAUCAAUGGUGCGCAAAGCGCGAGUCCACAUGAAAUGGGAUUGGGCGGCCACGAGGCUGCGGGCCCGGACGCUACUCGUGGUUAUGAUGUCCAGGAAUAUGGAAAGAUUUGGCAAGCGCUGGCACAGGAGAAGCAGUGGCCCAGUGUGCAGCGAUUCUCUGUCAUCGGACCAUCUGGCGCCGAGUUCUUGGAGACAGUGAAGGGUGUGGUGUCUAGCACCACGGGCGGGGAGCCAGAGAAGAUCGAAGUGGUGGCGAAGACGCGCUUUCAAUCUGUUCGUUUGGAUGUGAGGUGUGCGUCGCCUGAUGAUUUCUGCUUGCUCCACAGCCGGCUGAAGAGCAUACCGAAAGCCAGGUUCCUGUUAUAA